UUCCUCCCCAGACGCCAGCUGCCCCUGCCUGUCCUGAACCGAGCGCCCGCCGCCCAUCGAGGUUCGCCUGUCUCGCGGGUGCGGGGGCAGGGAGUGGCGCUUCCUCCUUGAAGCCAGCGGCAUCGGAGCUUGGGGAAGGAGGAGUGAGCGCGCGUGCGAGCUGCUGACGAUGAAUGGGUGAACGAGGGGGAGAAUGCAGGCACUUGAACCAGGGCAGACAGCGCCGUCCAGAGAGUGAGAGGAGGACAGCAAAGGACAACACCCCGAAGGUCGCUUAGGAGACCCCAGAACGGCCCAAGGGGUGGUCGGGUCGUCUCCGGGCCAAGACAACUUUCCCAGGUUGGGGACGAUGGGGACACGGGCCCUGCUGGGCCUCCUCCUCUUUAUCCCGCUGCUGCAGCCGCGCAGGGCCUGGGCAGGAAGCCUGAAGAGUCCAGGUCUGUCCGAGUGCUUCCAGGUGAAUGGGGCCGACUAUCGUGGCCACCAGAACCACACAGGCCCACGCGGGACAGGACGCCCGUGUCUCUUCUGGGACCAGACACAGCAGCACAGCUACAGUAGCGCCAGUGACCCGCAGGGCCGCUGGGGGCUGGGCGCGCACAACUUCUGCCGGAACCCAGAUGGUGAUGUGCAACCAUGGUGCUAUGUGGCUGAGACGGAAGAGGGCAUCUACUGGCGUUAUUGUGACAUCCCCACAUGUCACAUGCCUGGCUACCUAGGGUGCUUUGUUGACUCUGGUACACCCCCGGCUCUCAGUGGCCCCAGUGGCACCUCCACGAAACUCACAGUCCAGGUGUGCCUUCGUUUCUGCCGCAUGAAGGGCUAUCAGCUGGCUGGUGUGGAGGCUGGUUAUGCCUGCUUCUGUGGCUCUGAAAGCGACUUGGCACGGGGACGUGGAGCACCUGCCACUGACUGUGACCAGAUCUGUUUCGGCCAUCCCGGCCAGCUGUGUGGUGGCGACGGGCGACUAGGCAUCUAUGAAGUGUCUGUGGGCUCCUGUCAGGGAAACUGGACAGCGCCUCAGGGUGUCAUUUACUCUCCGGACUUUCCUGACGAGUAUGGACCAGACAGGAACUGCAGCUGGGUGGUAGGCCCGUCGUCAGGCGCAGCGCUGGAGCUCACCUUCCGCCUUUUCGAGCUGGCAGACCCGCGCGACAGAUUGGAGCUUCGCGAAGUCCCCUCGGGAAGCCUGCUGCGGGCCUUCGACGGGACCCGCCCGCCGCCAGCCGGGCCUCUGCGCCUGAGGGUCGCUGCAGUCCUGCUCACCUUCCACAGCGAUGCUCGUGGCCACGCGCAGGGCUUCGCACUCACCUACCGUGGGCUGCAGAACAUAGUCGAGGACCGUGCACAGCCAAAGGGAUCUGCCCAGACCCCCGAGGAGACUCCUGGCAGGGCCAAUGCGAGCUGCAGCCCCAGGCCUGUGACUCUGCAGGCUGCAAUGGGGGCCCGGGUCUUCUCAUUGGCGACAGUUGUCUCCGUGCUGCUCUUCCUGCUCCUGUCGCUGCUGCUGCAUCUCCUGCGCCGACGGAACUGCUUGCUGGCUCCAGGAAAAGGGCCACCAACGUUGGGACCUUCCAGGGACACUGGGAGAAGCUGGACUGUGUGGUACCGAAGGCCCAGAAGGAUGGCCCUGCCUUGUCCUACCGGAGACCCCCAGGCUGAAAGUCCUGCUGCAGGCUACCGGCCCCUGAGUGCUUCCAGCCAGAGUUCCUUGCGCUCACUCAUCUCUGCUCUCUGACUGCUCCCAGACUUUGUCCCAGAGGGUCUGUAGGACAUGGGACCUUGUGCUAUCGAGAUGGACACUUGAGACAUUACACUGCACCCUACCUCGGUCUUCUACCCCUUCAAAGGAAGAUCAGCCUCUGACCAUCUUGGGGACACCAGAAAUUGGACAAGAAACAUCUAAUGCUAUGGUGUGGACUUGGCCUGACCUUUGGGGUCCAGGUGUUCUAGGCCAAAGGACAAGAAAAAUCUAGCUUUCCAACCCAUGAACCUUGAUAUGGGGGUGGUCUGUGGUUUCAGUGGUCUUUGAGCUCCUCGUGUGGUGGUCCUGGACUGCUGUCCUCAAUAAGAGGUCAGCAGUCAACAAAAGUUCCACCCUACACCUUAAAUAGAGAGUCUAUUUUGAUUAGGCCUCCAAAGUUCUUACAUGGAGGGAGCAGCUAUGUUAGUGAGGUACAGCAGUGGAGAAUUCCCUGUAUUCAUGAAAUGAAAGGUGUUUUACACAAUUAA